UGUUUAUUGAAUCGGUUCUUUUAAACGAACCGUUCAAAAAAACGAUUCGCGGAAAUCAUUUGGACUUCCCAACACUGUCCGACUGCUCCCAUAAGCCCUAUAUAUUACCAGCGCGACAAGCUUUACCUUCAAUGAACGCAGGGAAGAGGCGCGAUUGGCUGAGAACAGCAUCCCUCAGACACAAAACCGAGAAUCAAGCCUGGCCAUCAGGACAACAGCAGACCAAACUCACACGGACAUCCUCGUACAUUUUGCACAAGGACUGUGAUAUCUGCUGCAUCUUUGGAAACGUGCAUUUGGACUAUUCUUUUUGAGCACACCAAAUUGUCAUCUUGUUUAAAUUUCCGCUUUAAUGUUUCUCGAUCUCUUUGCCUUAUUUUUGUGGUCCAUGUGAUGCUCUCCCUCUCAAAAGACAAGAGUUUGGAAACGCAUUCAGCACUGAUAUACUACACCUAAAUCAGCUUCAACAGUCUCGUACAUCCAGCAUGGAUCGCUGUCAACGACUGUUUAUCCUCCUGUUGGGAUGGGGUUAUCUGUGCGGUGGAUACUGUGCUGUGCUUAAAACACCGUUUAUGAGUUUCUCGAAAGACGUGCAGUUUGAACAAAAAGUGGAAGCGCAAACUAAGCAACAUGUGAAGAAAAGCGAGCAGGACACGCUGUCAGAACACAUGCAGAUGCUCUACGCCAAAUACACCAGCGCGGGAUUCCCUCUCAAAGAUGGCAACACUGUCCGCGGCUUCAAAGGACAUUUGGGGUCCAUCAAUGAUAAGCAGUUACAAAUCUUCAACCUCACUUCUCUCACCAAGUCUGAGGAUGUUCUCUCAGCAACGCUGCACUACUACAUUGGUGACCUGCAGAACAUCAGCCACAGAUGCCCAAGGCACAAGAGCUGUGCUCACCAUAAUAAUCUCAGAAGACAAGGUCAUAUUCACCUUGAUGUCUGGAGUUUCAGCUUUGUGGAUAACACCACCAGAACAAUCGGCCAUUUUUCCAUUAACAUCUCCACAGUGUACCGGGACUUCAUAUCAUGGCAGUGGAAAGACAUUACUCGUGUUGUCAACCAAGCCAAGCAUCACGACCAGCUUCUCAUAGGCAUUGACAUUGACUCAAAAGGACACCAACCUUGGAAGAAACUCUUGUCAGAUAGGUCUCCUUACAUUCUGGUCUACGCCAACGACUCGGCUAUCUCCGAACCCGAGAGUGUCGUGUCCACCUUGCAGAGACACAGAAGCAGACUGGUGCCUAAUCUUCAUCUGCUUGAAAUACAUAAUCGCAGUGCCUCCUCGCAACAUCGGACCAGACGGUCCACCAACGUCCUGCUGCCGCUACAAAACAAUGAGCUUCCAGGCCCCGAGUACCCUUAUGAGAUACCUACAUGGGAUGAGACCAGCCCUUACGAUCCAAUGGAGAGCAAACCAGUAAAGCGCCCUCGCAAGAAGCCGCGCAAGAACCCACGGCACAAGAACCCUCUCCUGCAGUUUGAUGAGCAGACCAUUAAGAAAGCUCGUAAGAAGCAAUGGAACGAGCCGAGGAACUGUGCUCGCAGAUAUUUAAAGGUUGAUUUUGCAGAUAUCGGCUGGAGCGAAUGGAUUAUCUCGCCCAAGUCUUUUGAUGCGUACUACUGCUCGGGGUCAUGUCAGUUCCCCAUGCCAAAGUCUUUGAAACCUUCAAACCAUGCGACCAUCCAGAGCAUCGUUCGGGCGGUCGGGGUGGUCCCGGGCAUCCCAGAGCCCUGCUGUGUACCGGAGAAGAUGUCUUCCCUCAGCAUCCUCUUCUUUGAUGAAGACAAGAACGUGGUCCUUAAGGUCUACCCCAAUAUGACAGUGGACUCCUGUGCCUGUCGGUAAAUGCCUUGGUCUUUUCCACCAGCCUCCCUCCCCUAAACUGAUUCCCAAUUUUUGCACUGGAAGAAAAACUGAAGAUGUUCGUUUCAUAACCCUUGAAGAACUAUCUACAGCUUUAAGGAUUGUGAAGAGCAAAGUGCUUUUCCAGAAGGAAUUCCUUCCUGUUAGCAGGAGGCUUCAUGCAUCAGUUGAGAUAUGAACAUAUGAAGAGAUCCUCUGUCUGUGUUUGACCAGGAUGUUCUCAUGUUUCUAUAACCUCAGCAGUUGAGCUUACAGGGGACAAACAUUUGCUGUCAUUCAUCAUGUUUCUGUACAGUUUGUAUAAUCUGUCAUUAUUAUAGCUAUAUUUUUGCUACAGAGGCAUUGAUUGACUCUAAAUGUUCAUAUUCUAUGGCUGCUAUAAAGUGGACUUCUGGGGGAAAAUGAAAAGUAAAGAUAUCUUUUUUUUGUUACAUUUGUCAAUUUUUUUUUAAU